AUGGUUCAAUCUUCUACAACAGAGCCAUAUUGCUCCAGGUCAAGCGAGGCCAGCGAUCACGUCGAGUGCUCCGGCAACUCAUGUCGUUCGUGCACCGCAGUCCUCGUCGCCAACUGCAUCGCGUUAGGCUGCUGCCCGUGCGCCGUCGUGAACAUGCUGACGCUGACCUUGGUGAAGGUCCCGUGGAUGGUGUCGAGGCGGUGGUGGCAGUCGCUGAGGAGAACAGGAGCUUCUCAGCGAAGAAGAGUGGCCGAUGCGGCGACCGUGGGAAGAGAAGGAACGAGCUCAGAGAUGAAGAGGAACUACAAGUGGAACGAAGAGGGUGCUGUGGGGGAAAGAAAGGGUCACAGUGGACGUGGAAGCUUACCUUCAAGUCUUGGAGCUAACGAUGGAGUUUGGGAGGAGUUGUAUCGAGUAGGGAACUGGGGGUUCGGGAGAGUAUCCUUCUCGGGCACUCAAAGAGAGUGGCAUUCAGGGAAGAACACCUCCGGUGAUGACGAGCUUGGAGAGCAGCGCUAG